ACUAACCAGCGAAAAAAACAAUAAGAGAGAUAUGGAAAGUUCUUCGAGUUAUGGGGUUGAAAAACUUCAAGAACGAUGUUACAAAGAGUGGAUGGGUUUACAAACUAAACACAUAGAUGAUCUCAAAGAAGCACUCAUGUGUCAACAAAACAACGAUCACAAACUCGAAGACCUCGUUGGUAAAAUCGUCAAUGACUUCAAAACAUAUGCGGGAAAACGAUCAGAGCUCUCGCGCCGAUGCUGCGCUAACUACUUUGCACCGUCGUGGAACUCUCCUAUAGAGAACAGUAUGCUAUGGAUGGGAGGAUGUCGUCCUUCUUCUUUCAUUAGACUUAUAUACGUGCUUUGUGGAUCCCAGGCCGAAACUCAGCUUUCUCAAUAUCUUCUUAAGGUCGACGAAAACUUUGAUGUAAACCAUGGUGGUUUCAUGAGUGAUCUUACCGCGACACAGCUUGGAAAAAUCAACGAGCUGCAUAUGAAGGUAAUAAAGAAAGAAGACAAGAUUACGAAGACAUCUGCGAAUUUUCAAGAGGAUGUGGCGGAUAUGCCAAUCGCGGAUGUGGUGCUUGGUGAUGCAGCGGUGGACGAUGCUUUGGAUAAGCAUGAAGAGGGUAUGGCGGUUUUACUGGCGGAGGCUGAUAAACUGAGGUUUGAGACGCUUAGGAAGAUUGUGGAGGUUGUGACACCGGUUCAAGCGGCGGAGUUUUUGCUUGCCGGGAAAAGAUUACAAUUGUCGUUGCACGAGCGGGGAAGAGUUAGAGCACAUGUUUGUGGAGGAGUGGGGGACGGAGCGGGGAAGUCAGACAGAACCACUUGAUGAAGUGAGUGUGAGUAUUUAGCAUAUAAUAUAUGUGUAAUAUUUGUCUAAGUAGAGGUCACGUUUAGUGUCUUCAUGUAUAUUGAGAUGUUGCAUUCAUAAGCUUUUGUUUUUGUCUUUUGUUUUUGUCUUAUAUAACGAAUAACAACAAAAGCUACAAAAAAGAAGGGUCAAUAGACGACUUUUUUAUGA